AUGUCGACACCAGACCCCCCCAUGGGAGGCACCCCGCGCCCAGGUCCUUCCCCUGGGCCGGGUCCCUCCCCUGGGGCUAUGCUGGGCCCCAGCCCCGGGCCUUCUCCAGGCUCCUCUCACAGUAUGAUGGGCCCCAGCCCUGGUCCUCCAUCCUCUGGACACUCACAACCAGGGCCCUCUGGAUACACCCAGGACAACAUGCACCCUCUGCACAAACCAAUGGAGGGCAUGCAUGAGAAGAGCAUGAGUGAGGAGAGCCGCUUCAGUCAGAUGAAGGGACUGUCUAUGAGACAGGGCGGACACAGUGGUAUGGGCCCCCCACCCAGUCCUCUGGACCAACACUCACAAGGGUACCACUCUCCAUUAGGUGGCUCCGACCACUCCAGCCCUGUCCCUUCAAAUGGCCCUCCCUCCGGUCCUCUUAUGCCAUCGUCCUCUUCUUCCUCAUCCUCCGGUGGCCCCGGCUCCGCCUCUGCACCUUUAGAUGGCCCCGGUGGAGAUCAGCACACACUGGGUCCUAAUAACCGCCCUGGUGGCCCAACUCCCUUCAACCAGAACCAACUCCACCAACUCAGAGCCCAGAUCAUGGCUUAUAAGAUGCUGGCUCGGGGACAGCCCCUGCCAGACCACCUUCAGAUGGCUGUCCAGGGGAAGAGGCCAAUGCCUGGGAUGCAGCAGCAGCAGCCCAUGCCCAGCCUGGCUCCUGGAGCUGGAGGUGGGCCAGGAGGUGGACCAGCAGGACCUGGGCCUGGGCCAAUGGGCUCAGGCUACAGCCGAGCUCAUGGUAUGAUGGGUCCCAACAUGCCCCCACCAGGCCCAUCAGGGACCCCAGCUGUGAUGCAGGGACAAAACCCAAAUGGGCCACCCAAGUCUUGGCCUGAAGGUCCCUUGGUAAAUGCAGCAGCUCCCUCAAAUGCACCCCAAAAGUUGAUCCCCCCUCAGCCCACUGGCCGGCCCUCUCCUGCUCCCCCUUCAGUUCCCCCCGCCGCCUCCCCAGUAAUGCCUCCACAGACGCAGUCCCCCGGCCAGCCAGCGCAGCCUACCCCCAUGAUGCCUUACCACGCCAAGCAAAACCGCAUUACCCCCAUACAGAAACCCUGCGGCCUCGACCCAGUGGAGAUACUGCAGGAGAGGGAGUACAGGUUACAGGCUCGUAUCACUCAUCGUAUUGCUGAACUGGAGAACCUGCCAGGUUCUCUUGCUGGUGAUUUACGUACCAAAGCUACUAUAGAGCUCAAAGCCCUUCGACUGCUUAACUUCCAGAGACAGCUGCGUCAAGAGGUGGUGGUGUGUAUGCGUCGUGACACAGCUCUAGAGACUGCCCUUGAUGCUAAGGCCUACAAGCGUAGCAAGCGUCAGUCUCUGCGAGAGGCCCGGAUCACAGAGAAACUGGAGAAACAGCAGAAGAUUGAGCAAGAGCGCAAACGCAGGCAGAAACAUCAGGAGUACCUCAACAGCAUCCUCCAGCACGCCAAAGACUUCAAAGAGUACCACCGUUCAAUUACAGGCAAAAUUCAGAAACUGACCAAAGCUGUGGCCACUUACCAUGCCAACACUGAACGAGAGCAGAAGAAGGAGAAUGAGCGUAUUGAGAAAGAAAGGAUGAGGAGGCUUAUGGCUGAGGAUGAGGAGGGCUACCGUAAACUGAUCGACCAGAAGAAGGACAAGCGUCUGGCCUACCUGCUGCAGCAAACUGAUGAGUAUGUUGCCAACCUCACCGAGCUGGUCAGAGCUCACAAGGCUGCACAGGCCCUCAAAGAAAAGAAGAAGAAGAAGAAGAAAAAGAAGAAGUUAGAGAACGCUGAGGGUCAGACUCCUGCCUUGGGCCCUGAUGGAGAGCCACUGGAUGAGACGAGUCAGAUGAGUGACCUGCCUGUAAAGGUCAUCCAUGUUGACAGUGGAAACAUCCUGACAGGGGUGGAUGCUCCUAAAGCUGGACAGCUGGAGACCUGGCUGGAGAUGAACCCUGGUUAUGAGGUGGCACCCCGCUCAGACAGUGAAGACAGUGAGGAGGAGGAAGAGGAGGAGGAGGAAGAAGAGGAGCCACAGCCUUCUGCAGCUCCAGUGGAGGAAAAGAAGAAGAUUACAGACCCUGACAGUGAAGACGUGUCAGAGGUGGACGUCCGACACAUCAUCGAAAAUGCAAAGCAGGAUGUGGAUGACGAGUACAGCGGUGCAGCCUUCGCUCGAGGGCUCCAGUCUUAUUACUCAGUGGCUCAUGCUGUCACAGAGAAAGUGGAGAAACAGUCCAGUUUGUUAAUAAAUGGACAACUCAAACAGUAUCAGAUUAAAGGGCUGGAGUGGCUUGUUUCCCUCUACAACAACAACCUGAAUGGGAUCCUGGCGGACGAGAUGGGUCUGGGAAAAACCAUCCAGACUAUCGCCCUCAUCACGUACCUCAUGGAGCACAAACGUCUCAAUGGACCCUACCUCAUCAUUGUACCCCUUUCAACUCUUUCUAACUGGGUGUAUGAGUUUGACAAAUGGGCACCGACAGUCGUCAAAGUGUCCUACAAGGGGUCUCCUGCUGCCAGAAGAGCCUUCGUUCCCCAACUACGUAGUGGAAAAUUUAAUGUUUUACUCACCACCUACGAGUACAUCAUCAAGGAUAAACAAGUACUGGCCAAGAUCCGUUGGAAGUACAUGAUCGUUGAUGAGGGCCACCGUAUGAAGAACCACCACUGUAAGCUGACCCAGGUCUUGAACACACACUACCUUGCCCCACGGCGAGUCCUCCUGACGGGGACACCGUUGCAGAACAAGCUGCCUGAGCUCUGGGCGCUGCUCAACUUCCUCCUGCCUACUAUCUUCAAGAGUUGCAGCACCUUUGAGCAGUGGUUCAACGCUCCGUUCGCCAUGACUGGAGAGAAAGUGGAUCUUAAUGAAGAGGAGACCAUCUUGAUCAUCCGUCGUCUCCACAAAGUGCUCCGCCCCUUCCUGUUACGCAGAUUAAAGAAGGAAGUGGAAGCACAGCUUCCAGAGAAGGUGGAAUAUGUGAUCAAGUGUGACAUGUCAUCUCUUCAGAGGGUGUUGUACAGACACAUGCAGGCCAAGGGGGUUCUUCUGACUGAUGGAUCAGAGAAAGACAAGAAGGGUAAAGGAGGCACGAAGACACUGAUGAACACCAUCAUGCAGCUGAGGAAGAUCUGUAACCACCCUUACAUGUUCCAGCAGAUAGAGGAAUCCUUCUCUGAACAUUUAGGAUUCUCUGGUGGGAUAGUCCAGGGGCCUGAUCUUUAUCGGGCAUCAGGAAAGUUUGAAGUGUUGGAUCGUAUCCUGCCCAAACUGAGAGCUACAAACCACAAAGUGCUGCUCUUCUGUCAGAUGACCUCACUCAUGACCAUAAUGGAGGACUACUUUGCAUACCGCAACUUCAAGUAUCUGCGUCUGGAUGGCACCACAAAGGCUGAAGACAGAGGAAUGUUACUAAAGACGUUCAAUGAUCCAGAGUCGGAGUACUUCAUCUUCCUCCUGAGCACAAGAGCUGGAGGUCUCGGCCUCAACCUGCAGUCUGCUGACACCGUGGUCAUCUUUGACUCUGACUGGAACCCACAUCAGGACCUGCAGGCUCAGGACAGAGCCCACCGUAUUGGUCAACAAAAUGAGGUGCGAGUGUUGCGUCUCUGCACAGUCAACAGUGUAGAGGAGAAAAUCCUUGCCGCUGCCAAGUACAAACUCAAUGUGGACCAAAAGGUCAUCCAGGCUGGCAUGUUUGAUCAGAAGUCUUCUAGCCAUGAGCGCAGGGCAUUCCUGCAAGCCAUCCUGGAGCACGAGGAGCAAGACGAGGAAGAGGAUGAGGUGCCAGAUGAUGAGACGGUCAACCAGAUGAUCGCCAGGAGCGAGGAGGAGUUCGACCAGUUCAUGCGUAUGGACCUGGACAGGCGGCGAGAAGAGGCCCGUAACCCGCGGCGAAAACCUCGUCUGAUGGAGGAGGAUGAGCUGCCCACUUGGAUCAUGAAGGACGACGCAGAGGUUGAGCGGCUGACCUGCGAGGAGGAGGAGGAGAAAAUGUUCGGACGAGGUUCUCGGCAGCGAAAGGAGGUGGACUACAGCGACUCACUGACUGAGAAGCAGUGGCUCAAGCAGGCGAUAGAGGAGGGAACACUGGAGGAGAUGGAGGAAGAGGUACGUCACAAAAAGACGACCCGCAAGAGGAAGAGGGACCGGGACCUGGAUCUACCUGGUCCCUCCUCUUCCUCCGGGGGACGAGGACGAGGGGACAAAGAUGACGAUGGGAAGAGGCAGAGGAAGAGGGGACGACCACCUGUGGAGAAACUUUCCCCAAAUCCUCCUGCCCUCACAAAGAAGAUGAAGAAGAUUGUGGACGCUGUCAUCAAAUACAAAGACAGCGCCAGUGGGCGUCAGCUGAGCGAGGUGUUCAUCCAGCUGCCGUCUCGAAAAGAGCUGCCAGAGUACUACGAGCUGAUCCGCAAGCCUGUGGACUUCAGGAAGAUCAAGGAGAGGAUUCGAAGUCAUCGCUACCGCAGUCUGGGUGACUUGGAGAGAGACGUCAUGCUGCUCUUCCAAAACGCUCAGACCUUCAACCUGGAGGGAUCACUGAUAUACGAAGACUCCAUCGUGCUCCAGUCGGUGUUCACCAGUUUGAGGCAGAAGAUUGAGAAGGAGGAGGAGAGUGAGGGAGAGGAUAGUGAAGAAGAGGAGGAGGAGCAGGAGGAAGGAUCAGAGUCAGAAUCUCGCUCAGUGAAAGUGAAGAUCCGUCUGGGCAGGAAGGAUAAAGGUGGAGAUCGAGGGAAGGGACGCAGCAGACGAACAGGACGCACCAGAGCCAAACCUGUUGUCAGUGAUGACGACUCUGAGGAUGAGCAAGAAGAGGAGCGCUCCCCCAGUGCCACUGAUGAAGAGUCCUGAACUGUACUGUGACAUGGAAGAAAAGGGGGCAUAAAGGGAUAUUCCACCACAUAUACAGUAAAUAAAACAUGCCUCUGUCAGCUCCAUCUAUCCUCAGUCAAAUGUCAAAGGACAAAAAUAGAAGGUUUGCAAUACUACAAUGUCACAUGGAAACUGUACAAUAUCAUAAUCAUACAUGAUAAAAUACACAAAUUAAUUAGACUAUGCACAUCACUGCAUUAAAUUGAUUCUUUUUCUCUGCUGUUGCUUAGUUGAAGGAAGUCUUAACAACAAGAAAUCAAAUGAGCUUUGUAUCAUUGUGUACAAGUUUUACUCAGUAUGUAAGCACUACUUGAAUGAGCCGGUUUAAAUGUGUAAAGACAGUGGCUUAGAAAAAGAAAACUGAUCAACAUAAAAAUCCAGCAGUUAGGGAUGCAACAAUAAUCAAUAUAACACUAUAUUGUGAUAAUCAAGAGCAAACAUGUUACACACUGGACUGCACACAGCAGAAUUUUUCCCACAUACUUCUCUUUUUAAGAAGCUGCUAGUUCUAGUAAAACAUGCUAAAGGUGUGGCACCUGAAGCAGAAUCACUACAGACUUACAGACACAGCUACCAGACACUGUGCAGUGAGGUUAUCUUUGUCACUUUGGUAUGUUUUAAUGCCAUUUGAGGAUAUUUUUUAAUCCUAUUUCAAUAUUUUUCUCAAUGAUAUAAUUCAAUGAAGGAAUUUAAACCAAGAUAAUUGUGCUAUUAAAUUUUUUAUAAUCAGCCUUUACUUACUGGGAGCCUUCCUCACCUCAACUGAGAAAACAGACUGCAAAUGCCCUGAAGCCAUGAGCAGCUGCAUAUUUCUGAAUCUAACUGCAGCAAUUACAUUGGUAAUACUCUAUCCCCGAUUUAGCAUUUGUAAGCUGUAUACAAACAUUUAAUAAAGGGUUUAUAACACAUUAUUAUGUAGUUGCACGCAGCUGUAAGGACAUUUUCAAGUGUUCAUUCAUGUACAGUAUUUGUCAGAAAAUUAUAACUUAUACUAUGAAAACAUAUUUUAUAUCAUAUUAAGUAUCGAUUUAUAAACCAACCUCCACUUAUGAGUGCAUACAGGAGGUGUUAUAGUUGUUGACAAAUACAUAAAUAAACACUUCUGCUUAUAACUGCAUUAUAGUCUAUUAUAAAACAUUUAAUAAAUGUUUAUAUAUUGUUUAUAAAUGCUAAAUAAGCGAGUUAAGAUUAAGUGUUACUAACCCAAACAAGCUUUAAGAAGAAUAAAGCUUCAAUUAGUUAAACUCUGACAUAACUGUGUUGUUGAUAAACAAGCCCAGAAUUAUCCAGGUUUUCUCAUUUUGUUUGGACAAACUGUACUAAAAACUAGUUCCUAGCUAACCUGAAGAGUUAGAACUGUUGGGAACCAGGAAGUGAAGUAAACAACAUUGAAUAUAAACAGAAAAUAUUUUCAGACAGAGCUGGGUUUUUUUUUUGUUGUUUUUCUUUCUACCCAGCUUGAAGCUAACACCUUACCCUACAUUACUUCUGGAUGUAAACAAACCUACUGCUUCACCUCUGCUUCACUGUGACGUGUCGUAACAGCCGCUUUGGAGCCACUGUGAUUACUGAGGUGUGUGCACAUCACAUAUUAGUGACCGGGGCUCACUGUUUGAGUUGGAAAUCAAGCCCGCUGUGGGCGCGGGGCGGUUUCCAGACUUCUCAGAAGCUCUUUAGCAACACAGUAAUUUGACUGAGGUUUAAUGGAGUUGAGUCCAGGUUGCUCUCCAGUAUUGUAUAUAUGGUACAACAGUAUAAAAACAAACUACUCCACCUCGCUGCUGCUUACCUGUUACACUUCCAGUAUAAGCACUUAUAACUGUUGAUUGUAGACUUAAAGAAUCAUGAGGUUGUAUUUCAUCAAUGAGUACUGUAAUUUUAAUUGCUUCUCCUUCAGUUAUUGUGUGGUGAUUUUAGGAUUUCAGAACUAUUUGAUGUACUUUUGGCACUUUUUAUGUUUUUGAUUUCAAGACAAAGGACCAGAGGGACAGUGGCUCUUCUCUGCUUGUGAAUGCCUGAUGGCUGUAUGGUGUUGGAUACGCUGUAUAGAGUUUUUUCUAGAAUAUAAUGUCCAUGCACGUGUAUACAGCUCGCGAGUUCAGUACUGUACUUUUCUCAUUAUGCUAGGUUACUAGAAUGAAGAACACAUAACCAAAGCAACAAUGUUUUCGCCACUAAGUUAUUAAGAUCUGUCUGUUGUGUUGUGUCAUUAUCGCUGGAACUUGAAACGUAACAA